AUGGAAGAACUUAAGUUUAAUGUGGAGACUGUUAAUUUAGAUGGAGAUAAUGAUAUAGAACUAAUGAACAUUAAAGCUAUUGGAGAAAUGGUGCCUCUAAAACCAACUUCAAAAGAUGCUAAGGAUAAGAAUAACCAGGAAAAUUUGGAUUCAUCAUCUGAUUUAAUCUCAAAUAUUUUAAAUUUAAUAAACCCAAUCUAUUGGACAAGUACUAAAGGUUAUUUUGAUGUAACAACAAGUGAAGUUAAAAGACGUAUAGUUAAGAGUUUUGAAAUUUCUAAGGAUAAGAAUAGCCUUAAUCAUAUUUGGCGUGGAAUAACGAAUAAUAAUAUAACUUUUCAAGAUGAUAAGGGGGAUUUUGAAAUGUUCUAUUGUAAAAGUUUAGAUGAAUCAAAAAAAAGCGAUUUAUAUGGACCAUUAUGGAUAGGAGUUACACUGUCACUUAUUAUUGGCAUGUAUUCAAGUAUACUACCACGAAUUGGUACAAAUUAUAUGAUGCCUGCUGAAAUAGGUAAACUCCCAUCCUCUUUCUCUAUCAUAUUUUCUUAUAUAAUGGGUUCUGCAAUUUCCAAUUACUUUUUUCUUUGGUAUAAAUGUGAUUAUACACCACUGACACUACUUUUGAGUAUAUAUGGAUAUAGUUUAAGUCCUCUAGUACCAGGAUUUAUACUAUAUAUAUUUUUGCCAAUGAAGUUCUUAAAUUGGCUUGUACUAAUUUUUUGUUAUUCAAUAAGUAUUUUGUUUAGAUAUGACUCUCUAUAUAUCAAGGGAAAAAAGCAGCAUAAUGGUUUAACAUCAUUGAGUGUACUAAUUAUACCCGAUUUAAUACUAUUAUUGGCUUUGAAGAUAUUUAUCAUGAAUUACUGA